UCUUCAUGUAAUCAGAUGCGGCCUGACAGAAUUGAGAGAAAGAUAAUUUCUUUUUCCAAAAAAUAUUCAUUCAAGCACUCGAAUUCUGUGCAAUUGUCAUUGCGAAACAUACUUUACUUUCUUCCCAAAGUGACAUUUAACCAUGACUACAGAAGCACAUGUCUACUGCAUCUAGGCAAGAUUUUGGAGUCAUGUACGAGCAAGCAAAAGAGGUUGUUAGAACGAAGGAAGAAUUGAAGCUGAACACUGAGCAAAAGCCAGCCAAGACAUCCACACAAGCAGCUAGCACCAGCAAGGUCUUUCAUGAGAAAAGGUCUCAGAGCGAAUAUGAAAUCCAAGUAUCAAAGAAAGCCAAGUCGAUGCCUACUCAGUCCGUUGCCUCGACAAGCAAAGGGAAGCAACCUAGGCAUCCCUUGUGUCCCCGUUGCAAUCGCUAUCAUCCAGGAGAGUGCUGGUGGACGCUAGGACUGUGUAUGGGAUGCGGGCAAGCUGGUCAUCAAAGGAAGAAUUGUCCUAUAAAUCCGGGUACUGCAUUUUCUGCCAUUCACGUCUCAAACCAAUCACAAAUAGCAAAUCCAGCUCAGAGUCAACGUACGAUAGCAGGAUCUCAUGUGCAACGACCUCAGCAGCAACGACCGCCGCAAGCUGCGACAGAACAACAUGCUAGAGCUCCAGCUAGGACAUACGCUAUGCAUGGGCAAAUCGAUCCCAAUCCAGAUGCUGACUAUGAAUAUCUUCCGUUUCUCCUUCUUCUGCAACGCAACGGAACCGAGCAAACCAAGAGUUUCGUCCAGAAAUCUUCGCCGGAGUUCUACAAGGGUUCAAUUCGUCAAUCGAGGUAGAGAACAAGGACUGAAUGAGGGGCAGCCUGGAGGACAGUGACGCGUGACGCUGGUGGAUGACCGAAGCUGUUUUAUUUAAAUUAAGAAAAAUGCUAGGG